AUGUGCUCUGAGAAGGGCUCCAGGUGCACGAGCAUACUGCUGUUGGCCUUGGCCACUGCCGCCAUCAUCGCCAACUUCCUGCUCUACUUUCCCAAUGGACAGGUGCUGGAGCCUGACAAAAUCACAGACUUGGUCUGGUUUUUCCAUGGCUUUCUUGGAGCAGGAUUCUUGAUGCUGCUUCCUGUACUUCUGGCUACACCAGGCACCGUAGGAGCCACGUAUUGUGUGGUCAUUUCUUCACUGGGUUUGCUCAGCGGCCCCUUCUGUGACACAGGCAGUGGAAGCUACACCUACCCUUUCAGGAAUUACAGCCUCAAGAACAACUAUUUAUUCAAUCAGCCCACCUGGGCUACCUGCCAGGAGCCUGAGAAUAUCGUCCUGUGGAACGUGGUCUUGUUCUCCAUCCUCCUGGGCAUUGGCGCCAUGGAAGCUGUGCUUUGCCUUAGUCAACUUGUCAGUGGACUCUGUGGCAUUUUCUGUGGCACAUGUAUCCGAAAGGGGCAGGUGAACAUAACUGGCUUAUGA